AUGUUUCGCAACCAGUACGACAGCGAUGUAACAGUUUGGAGCCCUCAGGGUCGGCUUCAUCAAGUUGAUUAUGCGGUUGAAGCGAUGAAACAAGGCAGUGCUACUGUUGGGGUUAAAAGCAAUACACAUGCUAUUUUGGUGGCAGUGAAGCGUGCUGCGAAUGAUUUAUGCUCUCAUCAGAAAAAGAUUUAUGAACUUGAUACGCAUGCUGGAGUCUCCAUCGCAGGGCUUCUUUCUGAUGGUCGCAUACUUGCGCGAUUCUUACAAACAGAAUGCUCUGCCUGGAGGUGGGACUACAAGGAACCAGUGCCAAUACAAGUUCUUACUAAUCGCAUUCAACUCAAACUUCAGGCAAAUACACAAAUUUAUGGAAGACGCCCGUUUGGUGUGGGAUUAAUCAUAGCUGGUUACGAUGAUAGAGGAACACAUAUUGUUAAGACUGACCCGUCAGCAGAAGUUGUAGAAACAUUGGCAAGCUCCAUAGGUGCUCGAUCACAAAGUGCGCGAACGUACCUGGAGCGCAAUUUAGAUCAUUUUCCUUCUGCGGGAUUUGAGCAAUUGGUUGAGCAUGCUUUAUUGGCUCUGAGAGAUACAUUGCCAGCUGAAGAUAACCUGACGAAGAAGAAUACAACAAUUGCUGCGGUUGGUAAAGCUAUGGCGUUCAAAGUAAUGGAAGACGAUGAUGUGCAGCCAUUUUUGGACCGUAUAUCAAGUGUUCCUCGAAGUGGCCAACAUGCUAGCAGUGAAUCGCAAGGGACUUCGGAACCUAUGCAACUCUAA